AUGAAGUCAAAGUUCAAGAUCGGAAAGAAAUUCCGAGGUCCCGACAGGCAUGUCAAAUGCCUCUCCAUCGAAUUCGGAGGAGCAUUGGGAUGGAAAGGGAAAGGAGAUUUAGAUCCUGAGUUUGAGAAAGUGGCUUUUGAGAUGGAGGCGAGUACUACGACGAAACCAAAGUAUAGGGAGGGGUGUGGACUAGAUGACGGGAUGAAGCAAAUUGAAGGUUUGAAUGCAGGAUAG